GGGCGCGGACGCGGGGGCGCGCGACACCUCUCCCUGCUUCCCCUGCGAGGCUCGGUCUCGGCGGCUCCGGCUCCGGCGGCCCCGGGCGGGCCGCACCAUGUCCCGCGGCGGAGGAGGCGGAGGAGGAGGAGGCGGGAGCGAGAGCAGACUCAGCAUCGGGCCUCCGGGGAGGCGCUAAGCGGGCUCCGGGGCCAUGGGGGACGGAGCGGCCGCGGCCCGGCCCGGCCCCGGCCCCGAGCCCGAGCCCAGCCCCGCGGGGCCCUGAGCGCCGAGCGCAGCCGGUCGACAGGACCAAUGCCCAGGCCGAGCCGGGCAGCCAGAAGAUGAGCAGGCUGCUGGGGGGGACCCUGGAGCGGAUCUGCAAGGCUGUGCUGCUCCUCUGUCUGCUGCACUUCCUCAUCGCCGUCAUCCUCUACUUCGACGUCUACGCCCAGCACCUCGACUUCUUCAGUCGCUUCAGUGCCCACAGCCGCCGAACCGCCGCUCACUCGCCGCACUCUGCCACUGCCACCGGAAUUGGCGCCAACUGCUCCCGGCCCAACAGCACGGCCCCCAGCUCGGAGGCGCCUAGCCCCCGGCCGGACAACAACCACUCCGUCACCACGAUGCCCCUGCCCCCGUGCCCCGACAUGCCGCCCGGGUUAGUGGGCCGGCUGCUGAUUGAGUUUAGCUCACCCAUGCCAAUGGAGCGGGUCCAGCGGGAGAACCCUGGCGUGCAAGGGGGGGGCCGCUAUGCCCCUUCCGACUGCGCCCCGCAGCAAACUGUGGCCAUCAUCAUUCCCUUCCGGCAUCGGGAGCACCACCUGCGCUACUGGCUGCACUAUCUGCAUCCCAUCCUGCGGCGGCAGCGGCUGCGGUACGGCAUCUACGUCAUCAGCCAGCACGGCGAGGACACGUUUAACCGGGCCAAGCUGCUCAACGUGGGCUUCUUGGAGGCGCUGAAGGAAGACCCUGCCUACGACUGCUUCAUCUUCAGCGACGUGGACCUGGUGCCCAUGGAUGACCGCAACCUGUACCGCUGCGGGGAGCAGCCGCGCCACUUUGCCAUCGCCAUGGACAAGUUCGGCUUCCGACUGCCCUACGCCGGUUACUUUGGGGGCGUAUCAGGUCUGAGCAAGGCCCAGUUCCUGAAGAUCAAUGGCUUCCCCAAUGAGUACUGGGGCUGGGGGGGUGAGGAUGACGACAUCUUCAACCGGAUUUCCCUCUCGGGGAUGAAGGUCUCCCGCCCAGACAUCCGCAUCGGCCGAUACCGAAUGAUCAAGCAUGAUCGGGACAAGCAUAACGAGCCCAACCCCCAGAGGUUCACCAAGAUCCAGAACACGAAGCUGACCAUGAAGCGGGACGGCAUUGGCUCGGUGCAUUACCGCGUGCUCGAGGUGUCCAGGCAGCCGCUCUUCACCAACAUCACCGUGGACAUUGGCCGGGCCCCGCCACGGCCUGCCCGAGGAUGACUCGCACCCGGCCCCCAAGCGCUCAGGGUGUCCGUGGAGAGCCGGGGCAGAGGUCCCACUGGCCCGCGACUGACUGCCGAGAAGCUGCCCCACUCGCCGGCUGUGGGCAUGAGGCUGCCCUUCCCGUGGGGGGCUGGGCCAGGCCGGGCUGGCAGGGUGCCCUCAUGCCUCUCCUGGUGCAGGACUCGAGACUGCUCGCCUGGAUGGCUCAGCAUUCGUUGGUUGGUCUGUCUGUCCGUCUGUCUGAGUCAGAAGACUUCUUCCUGUUUUCUGAUCUGCUGGCUCAGGGACCUAUGGGGUCUGGCUGGUGCCCUGGGGAAGGAGGAGGGGCCAGGCUUCCUGCCCUCCCCCCAGCACUUCAGGUUCUGUCGAGGUGGGUUCUGGGGUGGAGGGGGUGUUUUCUAGGGAUACCGAGUCCAGGGAAGGCAGAGGUGACACUCAGUACCACCUUGGGGGGUUUCUCAUCUGCAUUCUGCCCCCCCCAGUCUCGCUGCCCUCUGCCUCACUGUUGGGGGGCUCUUUGGGCCCCCCCAACCCCACCACUGCCUGGCUGGCCUUAGGCAAGUCCCUUAGCCUCAUGGGCCUCAGUUUCCUCAUCUGUAAAAUGAGGGAGUUGGACUCGAUGACGUUCGAGGUCCCUCCCGGCUCUGAGAUCUUGUGUCCCUACUUCACCUCUCUGUGCCUCAGUUUCCCCAUUUAAAUCCCCAAUUCCUUGAGAAGGGGAGGAGCCAGCGUCACUACCCCAGGCCCUCUUCAGAUGGAGAGGGAGCAGAAGGAGGUGGAGCUAGCCAGGGAUGAGCCCGGCUCUUGUGUCCAUCGGAGGGGUAGACUUGCAUGGGCCAGGGGCUGGAGAGGGCAGCUGGUGACAAGAGCGAGGCCCCUGAUGGAGUGGGGCCCUCCCUCCCCUGCUUGGGGAUCUUUGUAUAUCACAUGGGAAUUGGUUUGAGUGCUUUAGUAAAAAACCUGAAGAGAA